UUAUUCCAUUCCUGCAAAAAAACUUCAGUAAAAUGGCAAUGGUAUUACAUAUAUAUGCGCCGGCACCACAGAACAAAUACCAAUAUCCACACACAGAUAUUAACAGCAUGUCAAAAGGUAUAAAUUUGCACCAAGCGCAGUAUACAUAAUAGCACCAUAACACGUGCGGUCAACCACUAUAUAGUUUUGCAAGCAAAGAACAAGUGACUGCAUUGUAAUUCCUUUUCUUUACUCCAUUUUGCUCAACGAGAAAGACUUCAGAAAUGUCUUUUGCAUUGAACAAAAUUAUUAAUAUUCAUUGAAUUAACUUCGAAUUCAUUCAUUCGAAUGAGACUUGUUCACAGCAAACAUUGAAAAGGAUUAUUCAAAUCUAGCUAUUCUUUUUGCAAAUCAAAUUUUUUCUUCAAGGACAGUUGAAAAUGGCAGUCACUGAAGAAACAUUUUCGAUACUUCUUUCAUCGCUUUGUAUCGUCACGUUGACGAUUUUUUGCGCAUUCCUGCGUGUUUUCAAACGACGUUUCUUACCUUCUCAAUUUCAGAUCUUCGUGGAAGAGUUAGUUUGCACGUUCCAGAUAGUAGCUGGAGUUAAAGAGGGCGACAUAGUUUUGGACACAGGCGGAACUUGGGCCUAUUUUGUGUUUAUUUUUGUCCUUUUUGCGAGUUUUGGUUUAUCUUUCGAAGGAAAUGGAGCAACUUGCGGUUUAUGGGAACAACUAUUCUUCGGUCAAAUAUCUAUUGUGAAAUGCCUGAUAGCGUGUAUCUUGCAACUAAUCGGUGGAUUCAUCGGACUUGUCUACAUCAAAUCCUUCUGGAAAAUGAUCGGUCUUGGUUCUUACCAUCUCAAAAUGUACAAGCACUCAACCGAAGAUAUUUGCGAAUCUGCUAUGAACUCAACACUAUACGAAGGUAUGGUUGCCGAGUUUACAGCUACGAUUUUGUUCAGCAUUUACUCAAACUCACUUCGAAAUUUGUCACUGAUUUCAACUGGGAAACGAAGAGCCUAUUUUGACGCCUUUGUGACGUCAUUCAUAGUGAUAGUUGGAAUGGAUUACACUGGCAUGAUGUUCAAUCCUGCAUUGGCUACUGCUUUGACCUUUAACUGUAAAGGCCACUCAGUUUCAGAACACAUUUUGGUCUACUGGUUUGCACCAUUUUUAGCCACUGUUGUUUCAUGCAUUUACUUCAACUAUCAGAAGAAACAAACAAAGGAAAAGAAGGCGGAAAAGAAGGAUUAAACUUUAAAAAAAGGAUUAAAAUUUCAAUUAAAACAAAUUUCAAAAAACAACCUUAUCUAUCCACUCGUGCCAGAAAUUCUGCAUGUUAAACAUCUUCACUGCAAAAAAGUGCAAUUAUUUACAAGAUAGUGACUUAUAACCAUUCUGUGAAGAAAUAUCUAAGAUGCAGCAAGCUGAGAAGUGCGAUUUGAAGUAAAAAAAAAGUAUAACAAUAAGAUAUGCAGCCUGUUGCGGUGCAUGUAACAAAAAGUUACGAUCACAGCUAUGUGAGAAGCUGACAUAUAUUCCAGAUUUUUAAACACCCAGUUAUUCUAACAGUAACUAGGAAC